UGGGCAAAUUGCAAAAUACGAAUUGAAAAUAGAGGAAAAUAGACUGCUCUACUUUUUUUAAUUAUUUUAUAGGUUUUAUAGUAAACAUAAUAUAUUAGGUGCUGAUUUUAAUUAACAGCUAAUUAUUUUAUAUAAGUGGUUCUUCCUGUUGCUGAUUCCAUAAGCGAAAAGUAAGUUAUUUUUAAAAUGGCUGAAAUUGAAGAAAAAGUGGUUAUGACUCCUAAGAGUAAAACACCUACAUCAACAACAUUAAUUGUGGAGAGAAAGGCUGUAGAGGCUGAACCCAGUGACAAAAUACAUGUAGCAGGUGGGGACCAUACAGGCAUCAUUAUAAACAAGGAAAAAGUUUAUGAAAAUGGUCUAACAGAGCCAUGUCAUGCACAAUUGGAGUUUUGUGUGUAUUUAGUGUCGUCUGUAGAUGGCACACACACGAGGGAGGCACGGGCAUUACGUUUCUGGUUCAAACCGGAAGUUUCUUUGUAUGAAUGCCCACAUGAGGCUCAGGCAUUUUUUAGAGAACUUGUCAGUCCCCAAAACUUCCCAAAAGAUUAUGUUGGAUUCAUUAAGAAAAUAAUAAAAUUGAUGCAGAACAAGUAUCAUCAGUUAAAAGUGCUAGAAGUUGAACUCAGACAGGAAGGAAGUGGAUUACCACCACCAGAGGCAAACGGUGUGAUAACGAGUAAGGAUAUUGUAAACAAAUUAUCUAAUGGUACUUUCAUGGAAGACAGUUUUGCACACCAAACACGGUUUUCGGAGCAAAGAGUGCUAGAUAUGAUUGAAAAUGCGUACCCAAAUCCUUUAAGUGUUGAUGAUUUUGUUAAUGCCGAAAAAUGGUCAAAAGCAGAGGUAAAGGAUGCUUUAGAGUCGUUAGAAGAGAAGGGCCUCACUCGUCCUCUGUCAGAAGGCUUAUACAUUCGUCAGCAUAGUGUUGACACGCAGGUUGUGAAACAAAUGCCUACAUUGAGUUCAGCCCGGCAGCCAACAAUCGCGGUGGUCACAGCCCUGUAUUGUGAAAAGCAAGCUGUUGACGCCAUGAUGGAUAAUCAAGAAACAUAUGUGCGGUAUACAACUGUUGGUGAAUCAAAUGUGUACACGCUGGGUACCAUAGGUGCACAUCGUGUGGUCACUACCAAGUUGCCCUCUGUAGGCCGCACGAGAGAGGCCAUGACAGCAGCCGGUAAUACCACUACGAGAUUACUUGGCAUCUUCCAAAAGGUGGAAUAUGUGUUCCUGGUGGGUGUCGGUGGAGGGGUGCCACAUUACACCGACUACAAGAAACACGUGCGCCUUGGGGAUGUGGUGGUGUCGACUCCAGCCAUGGAUCUACCUGAUAAAUACGUUUACGUAUUCUGUGAAAAGGCAGAACGUAAUGAAAAGGGUGGCUGGGACUAUGAGGUGAAACCGUACAAACCAAUGAACUUUUUACUUCAAGACAUCGCACUUAGAGUUGCUAAUUGUAACGAGUUGUGGACAUCAUAUGUACAAGAUGGUCUAGCCCGUCUAAAAGGCAUCCCCGGUCGGUGGGAGGCGCCCGAGCAGGGCACGGACCGGCUGUGCGUGGACGUCGGCGACGGGGCCUUCAUAGAGGUGUCGCACCCCGCGCCGCGUGACGAUCACACUCACGGUGCACGCGUGCACUGCGCGCCAGUAGCGGGCGGUCGAGUAGUGGCCGGUGCGGGCGAAGCGCGCGCGGCGUUCGCGGCGCACGCACGGGCUCUCGCGUACGACUGCGAGCUGGACGCCGUGCUCGAUAGCGUCGUGGGGAACAGGAAGGACUGCUUCGUGUCUAUUCGAGGUAUAUCUGAUUAUCGCGAUGGCACCCGCGGCAAAGAGUGGCAGCCACACGCAGCUCUGACGGCUGCAGCUGUCAUGAAAACUAUCAUCGCCGCUAUGGACCCGCCCACAGAUUAAAAAAGAGAUUUUAUCCUACAAUUUCAAAAACGUAGAAUUUACCCAUGUUUCUGCCUUUAUAUAUCAUAGAUAUAUCAUUAGAUUUCUUAGUAUACACUUUAUUAGGAUUUUAAUAAUCUCGAGUAUGUAGCACUAGCAUGUCCUUUGAGAAUAACAUAGAAACAACAUAGAAGAUUGAAAAUCUUUUAUGUACAAUGUUUAACAUAGAAAGUUACAGGUUGACUUGCCUUAUCUUUGACCCGUUUGUUAUAUAGAGUUGAUAAUAAUUUAUACACAUUUUUGAAUUUAUACACCUAAAAUAUGUUGUUGUCUCCCCUUUGAUAUUUAUAAUGUUGAGAACAUUAAUUAUUGUUAUAGGUGUCCUAUAAAGUUGACUAUUAAUUUAAUAUAAACAGGGCUCAAAAUAAAGGGCUUAUGUCCUAGCAUUAUGUUUUUAGCAUUCCGUUAUAAGAAAUGUUACAUGAGUACACUUUUUAUUUGUAAAGUUACGGGCUUUCCUGCUACUAUGUACUAUAAUUAUUUUUUCUCUAAGUAUUCACUGUUUGUAUUAACACAUUGCCAGAUGUUAGAGCUAAUCUUAGAUUUUGUCUAGAUGUUAUACAUUCACUGCCAUAACGGCCUAUUUAUUAUUAUAAGAUAAUGUUACAUAAUAUGUUGACCAAUUUGUUGUGAAAUAUAUUCUAAAACCAAAGUAGAUUUUUGGCUGUUUUUAACAGGUCUAGUCACCUGAAAUGUUUUAUUUACAUCUAUUUAAGUGAUUGCGUAAAUCACGCGAAACACAUUUUUUACAUUUUUAGAAUAAUUAAUAUAUUUAUACAAUGUAGUAAUGAAUAGAACUUUAUACGUUAGAAGUAGAAUGCAACUUAUUUCCAGUUUUUGACAUCUUUAAAGUGAUUUAAUUUUAUUAUUUGCGAUAACCAAAAUGAAGGUUUUGUAAUUUUUGUUUGUGUGUCUCGAUUGAAUUAUUUGUAUAUUAGAUUUAUGUUUGACAUUUCUUUGCCUGUGUUUCUCUAUUAUUUAUUUGCACAAAUAAAGGAUCUAAAAAA